GGCUGACGUAUUGGGUCCAGAUGUGUCCAAGCUGGCCCUAUUGACCAUGCAGCACCUUGACCGGCCAGUGGCAGAAAAGGCAGUAAAGCGGAUCAAGCGAGAGUGCAAGAAUUACAGUGAGACGUGGUUACCACUCACCAUCAAGGCCUACCCUGACCUGGCAGACAUGUACAUGCAGCUUGGUAUGGAGCCCAGUGCAGCCUGUCUGGCAGCAGCCAUGGAGGUGGGGAAUGAGGACUGGGUGCAGCGUCUGCGGGAGUUCUGUUACCACCCCAUGUUAGACGUGUACCUGGACAUGCUGGGCUGUAACAAACCGUGUGUCAAACUGGUGGCCCAGUUCCGUACCGAGCGCCAGGAGCAGGCACAGGCCAUGGAGGCAGAGCUCCUCGCCGAGGAGAGCGAGAAAGCCACCGUGGGGAAGAAACGCAAAAAACGCCGCAAGAAACCCAAAGGAAAGGCAGACAAGGAAGACUUGGCGAAGGGGGUUAGCGAAGAAAAGGAACAACCUGUCGAACCAGCUAAGGAAGAGGUGACAGAGAAAACUGAGGAAACCUCUGUGAAAAAAAUGCCAAAUGUGGAAGGCGCUUACUCGCGUAAACAAAAGAGGAAACAGGAAGCAGCAAGGGCAAAGGAAGCUGCUGAAAAAGCCGAGGCAGCUGGUGAAGACAAAAACACAAAGGACAGCCAAGAAGUUUCAGCUGAUGGUGAAAAGACACAAACAGCUGAGGACACAUCACAGGCUGUAGAGGGACAGGAUGGAUCAACUGGUAAUGAUGCAGAGAAGGAGGAGGAGAAGAAAAAGCCGAAGCCGAACCUGCCAUGGUUGAGUCGGAGUAAGCGUUGGGCCCAGCAGCUGGAGGAUUUGGCCUGUAUGGACCCAGCCCUGCGCAGGCAGGUGGACGCACUGCACAUGUGUACUAAAGGGAAGGACUUCCUCAUUGCCAAGGGGAGCGAUGGUACCUAUGUGUACCUGGGCAUCAUGAACGAUGGUACGGAGGUGGCGGUGAAGAGGAUCCACGAGGACAACUUCCAGUUCAUGAAGAACGAGUGUGAGCUGCUGCGUCUGGCUGAGCUGGAUGAGGAGUACAUCAUCAAGUACAAGUACUUCACAGAGGAUGAGACUUUUGGGUACCUUGCCAUGGAGCUCUGUGAGUACACAUUGGAGGAUUAUGUGCACCGCCUAGCAGAGCAGGGAGAACUGCAGAGACUGGCACCUAAGAUCAUCAGUCAGAUCAUGAAGGGACUGCAGACGUUACACGAGCAGCCUAGGGCCAUCCUGCACAGGGAUCUAAAGCCAGCCAAUGUGCUGAUUGAUGUAAAAGGUCGUGUGCGGCUGGCAGACUUCGGGAACAGUCGUCUGUUGGAGGAGCGGCAGACCACGCUGUACACCAACACGGCAGGCACGCGGUGCUGGCGGGCCAAGGAGACGCUGGACUACUGCAGUCAGCAGGCCUGCCGCAAGGAGUCCGACAUCCAGGCUGCAGGGAUGGUGGCCUUCUUUGUGCUGACAGGUGGGCAGCAUCCGUUUGGUGAUCUGGAGCAGCCGUUUGCGGUGGAGGUGCGGAUCAUGCAGGGGCGGCAUGACCUGGGGCCCAUCAAGGACCCUGUUGUGUCACACCUGCUGGACUGGAUGUUACAGGAGGACUACACCAAACGGCCAGACUGUAACCAGGUGCUGAGCCAUCCCUUCCUGUGGGACGUUGACAAGAGGGUGCUGUUCCUCGGACGUGUGGGCAACGAGCCGGAAGUGGAGAGUCGGGAGGCAAACUGCGCUGUACUUCGGGAAAUCAACCUCCAUAAGAACAAAAUCUGCAAGAAAGACUGGACUCAAGUGGUGGAUCAAGAUCUGCUGUCAGAGAUGAGCAAGCAACGGCGCUACAACAGCUCUGUAGGAGACCUUCUCCGACUCAUCCGCAACUCCCAGCAGCAUUUCAAGGACUUGCCACGCGAGGUCCGUGAGCGAGUGAGUGAUGAAGGACUUCCUCAAACCUCUUCCCCAUCACUUCUUCCAUACCGUGUAUGACAUCAUCGGAAAAAGUAGCGGUACUGACGAUGAUUGGACUCAGCGGAGGAACCUUAAGAUGUUCUUUAACUAACACCACCUUCCUUCUCUCUAAAUGUACCCACUUGUCUGAGAUCUACACCACUUAUAAUUCAUUCUCUGUUAAAAGUUCCAGUACCGGUAAAACGUGAUUAUUAUGUACCAAUGUUGAGACAUAGUGGGGCAAUUUGCAAUGGCUUGCUCUUGUAUAUAGCUGACAAUUUAUCAAUUGUAACAAUUUAUACUAUUUCAUGUUAUGAAUUAGAAGUGCUUCCCUAUGUGUGAGGGCAAAAUCAAUUAUAUAAGGUUUUUUAUAUAAGGGCUGUGGAAUAUAUUGUUGAUACCUGGUACAUGUGUCACCAGCCAAAUGUGCAUACAGAUUAUCUCAGUCAAUAGUCAAGUUACUCAUGUGGUGCUCAACAUGGCCCCCUUUUUCUAUAUUCCUUUGUUACCAGGAAUAUUUGUUAUCAUUAUCAUUUUACCUGAACCACUUCCUCUGUAUUUGUUAAGAGAGGAAUCAGGCAAUUUAUUGUGAAAAGAGACAAGGUGGAAAGAAUCUACACCUGUAUACUAGUAUCUUUGUCUAUUGCAGUAUUACACUGUAUUAUUAGGGUCAUUUAUUUUGCAUUGUUUUGUAUUGAAUUUGGUGUGAUGGGCUUUGGAAGUAGCUUAACCAACUCUUGGUACUAAAGAUGAGAUUACAAAGUAUAUUCCAUAGUUUAUUGAGUACUUCAUGAAUUAUGAUGCUCAUCUAAAUCCCAUAAAGUUUUUCAGACCCCCUCACACGUGCAACACAGUAUUAUCAUCAUUUUCUAUAUAACAUUGUAAGUUGUCGAAUUGCUUAACUAUUUCUAUAUCAACCUUGAUCAUCUGUAUAUAUAUAUGUAAAUAUAUUUGUGUCUGUGCAAUGAAUUUCCCAUUAUCUUGUAUUAA